GAUUGUAGGCGAAUAUUUCAUUUUAUUCUUUUAUUGUUAUUCACCAAGGAUUUUAGUGAGCAUUGGAGAUAAUGAGUGGUUAUACAGUAUUGGUUGUGUUCAUACUUGUUGCCGCAAUAUGUUCGAUAUUUUGGGUAACUGCGCCAAAACAAGAUAGAACUGUCUGGAGAUCUUCAGUGAUAUUAGGAAUUUCGAUGAUGUUCUUGAUGUGGGCAUUUACUUAUCUAAGCCAAUUGCAUCCAUUAGUUGUGCCAAUUAGGUCCGAUUUGAGACCUGAAAAGUGAACCAUUGAGUUAAAAGAUUACUAGUUGUAAAACAUACAGACUAUAGCUUUCAAUAAAUGAGUGACAUUUCUCUGUCUACCCAAGCAAUGUACCAGAGUGUACUGAGAGCUCGACAAUAAGAAGUUCACCUUCUUUCUUGAGACUUGUUUCCAAUAUCUUU